UAUAGAAAUUGCUCGCCAAUAGUCCAAAAAAAUUUAUGCUUUCCGGGUUAUCUCCUCGUUCCCGAGACACAGCUCGACCGCGCGGAGAGUGCACGUACACAGCGGUGACGUCAUCCGGAAAAAAUACUUUUCUGGGUUUUUUGUUAGCUUUGGAAAUUUUUUACAAAGAUUAAAAGUCCACAGCUUAAAAAUAUACAAUAGGAAAAUAAAUAAUUGACUGUGUUUACAGCUGGAGGUGUCCUGUCAACAGUUUUACAAGCGUCUCUUUUACUAUUGUGGUCUAAGGGAAAAAUGCUUUUUGGGCUGCAGGGGAUUUUUCGCUGCAAUACCGCGAGUGGCCACUUGGAAACACUGGCAGAGCGGCGCCGUAUUCAGUUCCUGUAAUACAUCCAUGGCUUCCUGUCCUCUCCUGUAAACGAGGAUGGCGCUUGAUGUAAACAGAGUAUCAGUUUCGUAGCUCCGACACGAUGGCCGCUCUUGACAGUCUGUAGGAGUUCGCGGAGCAGCGGCUGUCUGCGGCGGUGGAGGAGAUAUUCGAGUGUUUCCGGAGGACUGUCGCCGACUUUGAGGAGGAGAUCAGGCUGCGUUUCCAUGCCACUGCUUCAUUUAGCUAGGUUAUGGUAGCAGCCAGCAGCUAACACUUAGCUUCUACUCUACGAGGUGGAUUCCACAGCCAGAUAUAAUGUCAGUGUAUCUGUAUUGUGAUGAUGGGAGUCAUCUGCCCACCCGGUGUUUGAGUACAAACCUGCAGCUCACUCCACCUCCGUGCUUCAGGGUCACUGUGGUGGUCCCGAACAAGUCCAGUUCCAGACCAAACCUGCUGGACGUUUGUAUUGACAGGAAUAAAACAGAUCAUGAAGCAUCAGAGUUGCCUGAAGACCGUGGUGUCAGGACUUUUUUGUCAAUUUUCUCCCAGCUGAUCACAGGAAAUCAUCUGAACCUUUUUCUUUAUUUGAUUAAAUAUUUAUUUUUGGUGAUGGCAGUAAAGGACACUGAUUUUGCACAUCAGAGUUUUUCCAGAAUGACUACAUAUGUUAAAACAGUUUGAAGACUCUAAUGUCUCCAGAGGGAGCUGAGUGAUAUCUGAUAGUGAUGUUAGUUUAUGUUUAAUCUAUCUAAUAUUGUGUUAGUCAUAUUAUUCCCUGUGUUUGUUGAAUAAAACAUAAGAUAAGGAACUUAUAAAUAAUUGCAUAUUAAAUCGCAAUCACAAUAUUGGUAAAAAUAAAAUGCAAUUAGAUUAUUUUCCCAAAUCAUUCAGCCUUAUCAGGAAGUGCAAGAAAAUGCAUCUUACAAUAAUGAUGGAAAGUGACAAGAACAGGCAGAUUCUGAUGACGCCAACCUGAAUUCAGAAGUUGGGUGGAGGAGCAGGGGCUUUGUCUCACUGGGGUUGAUGAGAAUAAUUUCAUUAAAACAAAAAGUGAUUUUUGUAACAAGUAGAUUUAGUUUGAUUUGUGAACAGUGAGAGGACAGUUCUGCAGGGAGAUGGAUAUAAAUGUUUUAUACAGAGAGAAGACUGACUGGUCCUGAUCCUGAGCAGAGACAUGAAACAGACAAUGAAGCACAGCCAAUCAAUAAUGAAGCAAUGAAAACAAAACACCUCCAUGUUAGUUGAUAUUAGCUUUUUCAUAUGUUAUUGCAGAUCAGGUCUGGAAAGCAUUUCAGACUGACUGACUGACUGAAUCUGUGGAAUAAAAAAAAUAAAAUAAACAAAUGUGACCUUGACAUGCUUUCUCAAGUUGGACAGGGAAUUUUUUUUGUCAGUGAUGAAGUCUGGUUGUGGUAAACACAGCAAACAUUUCGAACUAAAUCUUUCUUUAUUUCUAAAUCUUCAAACAGACUUCAGAUCAGACCACAUUUUCACAUUAAAGAAAAUUCAUUCCACUGACUAAAAGCUCUGCUUAAAACUAAGUACUUUAAAGAAAUGUAGUCCAGUCAAAAGUACAAUAUUUGUCUUUAAGAUAGACAGAUAGAUAGAUACUUUAUUUAUCCCCUAAUGGAAAUUCAUAAAGUGUAGUGGAGUAAAAGUUCUUUUUCUAAAAAAAAUCUCAAGUAAGGUUCAGAUACUGAAAAAUGUACUUAAAUAGAGUGCUCAAGUAAAUGGAUACUGGACUGGGGAUUAUAAGGACUAUAGGAUAUCUAUAAUACAACAGUAGGUGGCGGUAAAGCUCCGUGUGGCUGCAGUUCUCCAGUAAAACAAAGAAGAAGAAGCUUUAGUUGGCGCAUGCUCGAGGCUUCGAGGGGGGGGGGUCUUCGUUCACGGUGACAGAUUCCUGUCCACUUCACCGGUGAGCACCAGCUGUCCCCAGUCAUGUCCACCAUCCAGCUACUCAGAGCCUUCGUCAACCAGAGACUGACGGUGGCCGUGGAGGAGAUCAUCGGCCUGUUCGAGAGAACCAUCACUGAGUACGAGGAGGAGAUCGACCGCCAGCGCAGACUGCUGGGAGCUGAGGGGCGGCAGUAUGAGCCCGACAUCAGGGCGGCGAUAGACCACCAGACAGGUGUGUCUCAGGAUGUCCAGCCACUGAUUGUCAAUGCAAAGAUUCCUGCGAAGCGGCAGGAGCUGAGCCCCCGUCUGGAGCAGGAGGCCCCGCAGCCCCUACGCAUUAAAGAGGAACCAGGGGAUGUGUGGACUGGUCAGGAGGGAGGUCUGGAGGGGACUGAUGUCCCAGAGUUCCAGUUUCCUCCUGUCUCUGUGAAGAGUGAAAAUGAUGAAGAAACUCCUCAGUCCUCAGAGCUUCAACAAAGCCGAGCCAAGGAAAGCACAUAUGGUACGGCCUCCAGUCCAGCUCAACAGACGGAACUUGGAGCGGCCGGAGAGGACCGUGGAGAACCAGACCGAACCCUUGACAUGGAUGUAGCUAGAUUUUUAAAAGCAACCAGUAACGGUCAGUUUUUCCUUUCUCAGUGUUUUAAAGCUGACCCUGAAGUCCUGGAUGAUGACUGGAACAAGAUGAUCAAAUCGCAGCCGUUUUCAGACACACUGACAGACAGUGAGGCUGCGUCUCACAAGAGAUCUCAGAAAAAACUGUAUAAAUGUCCAAUAUGCAGCAAAACCUUCCAGCACAACACAGCUCUGCAGAGACACAUGACCUGCCACACAGGGGAGAGGCCGUUCGACUGUGCUGAGUGUGGUAAGACCUUCAGACAGAAGGGAAGUCUGCACAUUCACAUGAGGAAACACACAGGAGAGAAACCUUUUAGUUGUUUAGUUUGUGGUAAAAACUUCACCCAGAGUGGAACCUUAGCUGCACACAUGAGGAUCCACACUGGUGAGAAACCAUUCAGCUGCUCAGUGUGCAAGAAAAGGUACAAUGAAAGAGGGACACUGGUCAGGCACAUGAGGGUCCACACUGGAGAGAAACCCUUCACCUGCUCACUGUGUGGGAAAAGGUUCAGUGAGAAAGGAAAUCUGAACAAACACAAGAGAAUCCACACAGGAGAAAAACCGUUCAGCUGCAGUCUGUGUGAGAAAAAGUUUAGUUUGUUCUCACACCUCAAGAACCACAAGUGUCCUGGAAAGAAAAGCAGUGAAGCUGCAGAGCUGCAACCUCAGCUGCAGUGUCCAAACGUCACAGAGCAGGUAACCAGACACAUUCAUGAGUCAGUCUCUUCACUCUCCUCUGGUGAUAAAUAGAAGAAAUCAUUAAUCAAAGAAACAAUCAGCAGAUCACGAAUAGAAAUAGUCAAUAAAAGUUAUGUUCUGAGUCACAACUGUUAAACUGAACCACAUGGAGCUGAUCUGGGAUGAACUCAAGGUAAAAGUGACACGAGUGUGAACUUCUGCAACAGAGAUGGACCAAAUGAUGGUCUGAUUUUGUCUGAUUCCACUGUAUAGAGUACGUCAGAGUUCAGCUGCUGGAGGAGGCAGACAUUUAGAUUCAGUUUACAUUUAAACAAGAUGCAAUGAUUUUUUUUUUUUUAAAUCUCCAGUUGUUUAUUUGUUCUUUGCUUUAAUUUCAGAAACAUUGAAUGAUGUAAACUUCAGUCACAACUGGAGAAAUGGAACAGAUCUGCUCCUUUUCCAUCCAAUCAUCUGUCUUCACUGGUCAAGAAACAACUUGCACUAAAUGCACAUAAACAUAAUGUGUGAAGUGUAUUUGUAAGCUUCCUACCCUCAGUAAUUAGCCCGAGCCUGUCCUGUUAAGGCACAGAGAGAGGACUGAUGCUGCUGCUAACAUGCUGCUCACAUUGUGUGUAUCCAUGCUGUAUGCUAACCAGCUGCAUGUUGUUGCUUCAUGUUUAGUGUCAAACUACUCCUUUAAUGUUUCUGUCAUCUACACUUUGAUCAGCUUAAACAUGGAAGAUGUUGACAGGUAGUUCGCUUUAUUGUAAGAUGUUUAAGUUUCUGCGUUUGUGUCACAAAAUAAACUUUUGUUUUAUCAAUUAAAAUGUUUUUGUAUGUUUA